UGGAUCUCCAAGUUAAACAAUAUGGCUGACAAACAGGCAUAUUUUCGCCAGAUUGAAAAUAUAUUUAAAUAAAAGGAGUCUGUUUAAGAGAGAAAAGCUUCACUGAGAUAUGGCUCAAGCACGUAGAACAAACUCCAGAAAUUCUUUGUUAACAGAGAAUGGGAGCAACAGAUCAAACAGUAACAAAGCAGGCAGUAGAAGGUCAACACCUUCAGAGAAAGAAAAUUUCAACUUAAAAAAACAGAGCAGUUCAUCUACCUUGAAGAUUUUGGGACAAGAUGAUGAAGUGUCAGAAGAUGUUCUCUGGAAUGGUUUGCAAUCAGACAGGAACACACCUACUUCUAGUCGAUCAAGUGUAGGUUCUCGUCCUGGCUCAACAUCUCGAAGAACUCCUACACCCUCCAAACAGAUCUCAUUACAGGCUGUCAGGCGUAAAGAAGACAAGAUAGAACCUUUGGAGUCUAUAGACUGGAAUGAGAUUGAUAAACCUACCAGACCUGAUGAGAGACUUCCACCGUUACCUAUGCCUGAUAGUGAUUCUGACUCACUGUCACCUAGGGACACACCUAUGUCUGCGGAAGAACAACUCGCCCUGGUGGAACAGCGUACCAGACAGAUGACAUCUGCACUCAGUACAUGCCGUAUGGACGAACAAGAGAAAAAUCUCUCACGGCAACUAGAUCAAAUUGAAACUGCACGCGAGGAAAGGGAAAGAAAACUGAAAGAAAAAUUAGAAAGCCAUAGAAGAACUCCUGAUCAUAGGUUAACUGUAGAGGAUGGACAAUUCACAUAUAGAAACGAUCAUUUCAGAGAUUUGUCAAAACGUGAUCAUAGAGAUAAAAUAGAUAGUGAUUUCAUAUUGGCUGGGAUGGGAACCAGUAAUGAUAAUGUAUUAAAAGCUGGUUCCCAGCCCCAAAAACGAAAAGGAGAAAAUGUGAUUGGCAGACAUGCAAUGGAUAAAAACCAGGAAACAGCUGUUGGUGCAGGAACACAAGAUGAAAAGACGGGACAAAAUGAAAGUGAUAAGAAAGAUGAAGCGUCGGCAGAAACGUCAAGUGAAGAGGAAAGUGAUGAUGAGGAAGAAGAUCUCAUUGGAGAGAAAGGAAAAGCACCAAAUGCUCUUCUUAUGGAGUUUUUGACAUGUAUGAUGGAAGAAGAUUAUGAAAAUUCAGAGAAACUAUGUAAAAUGAUUUUGAUAUAUGAGCCAGAGAACCAAGAGGCCUUGAGUUUUUUUCCCUUGAUCCAGGAGAAACUGAGACAAGAGGAGGAAGAAGAAGAGAUGAUGAUGAUGAGGAUUCUAGUGAUGAAAGUGAUGAUUCUGGUGAAGAAGAAGACAGUGAUGAAGAUGAUGAUGAAGAUGAUGAUGAUGAUGAUGAAAAGAGCUCCGACGGUUCAGACAGUGAGCCAGUUACCCAUGCAGAUUCUGGUAUAGCUUCCGCCAACUCGGAUUGAAAGCACCUGAUCACUUAGACUGAGGUUUAAACGUUUACAGUGUUGGAUUCAGGCAAAGCUUCUAUCAACUUGGGUUGAGUCAUCUAUCUUUACUUUUGUGCAGACUGAGAACUCAAGAAGAAAGUUUUUGACCAAGUUAUGACCCAUUUGUCAACUUGUUGGGAAUAUUACCUCUUUUUUUAAUUUAGCUGAAAAAGUGUUAAGUUCCUGAUCAGCAAACUUUACACUUAGCAGCUAAUUUAGUGAGUGAUUAUCCAAGACACAACAACUACACCUGUACUUUGUGUACUAAACCCCUACAGUUACCUACAGUUUCUGUCCAAUUCAAGUGGAACUUUGUACAUUUUUUGUAUUCAUUAUCAGCAUGAAGUGUUGUUAGGAAUUUCAUGUCAGAUUGUUUUUGCAGAUAGCCUCUUUUUCAACUUUAUAAUAUUAUUUUAUCAAUCAUUUUCAGUAUUAUUUUAUCAAGCAUUAUGUCAGUAAUGUUUUGAAAUAUAUUGGUGAAUAAAAUAUUACAGUAUCAGUUUCAGACAGUGGGAUUUUCAUUUUAUAAUUUUCAGUAAGGGAACUACAUUUGAAUGCAAAAGAAUGUGAAUUAGGAAUAAUCAAAUAUCCUUUCUAAAUAUAAUUCAAUAAAAAAAAACAGAAACAUGUAAAUACCUAGAAAACAUAAAGUUUUGCUCCAUUUGUUCAAACUCUUGAGGAAUUAUUAAACUUUUUUCCCACUAUUAACAAUUUCAUUUGAUUAGUUUUUGUGUGCCAUUGCCUGAAGCUUGUGACAUUGCGCAAGUAAAACUGGUAUAAUUUGAUAGACACUAAAUAAAAGGAAAAUUUGCUUGUUUUACGUGUAAGACCAAAAUAUCUUUCACAUGUAAACACCAGAUUUAAGAUUUUCACUUGUGACUGCACUAUUCAUCAAAAUAUUGCAUCGGACAUUCACUUAGUAAAAGGUGUUUCGAUCUUGAUCUGAAACAAACAAGCAUAUUCUAUGUUCACAAUUUUUUUAUCAUGCAGACUUUCAAAAAUUAGUUAUGUAUUAUACCUACAGUGUGAUACAGUAAAGUUUUUUCUUAUUCCUUUAUACAUUCUGUAAAAGCAAUGCAUUUGUUCAAUGAAAGUUUAUACUGUUACUAUGAUUUUACCUCUACUACAUUCCUACCAGGAGCUUUCAAUAGCUUAGCUUUAGAUUGUAUUCUUACUUAUUUCCCAUCUGUUUAUUAUAGUUUGGGUAAUAUUGGCAAUAAUUGUAUCUUUGUCAACAUUCAUGCAUAAUGCCAUUCACAUAUUCAAAUUAUAUCGGACAAUUACUGGGCAUGUUGUACUUAAAACACACAGAUGUUUUGCAGAGUCUUACCACAUCAGAUAAGGCUGAUAGUCAUGAAAUCACUACAUAAAGCUUGUGGGAAAAUUACCCUAUCUAAUGUACUUAUACACUGUAAGAAAUAAAGCAUGAAAAUUUUUUGAAGAGAUUUUGUUCUCUGUCAUUUAACAAAUAUAAAAUAAAAAUCAUUGACAUAUUAAAUAAAA